UCCUCCCAGUUUGCAGCUGCUGUCGUCGGUCUCGGAGCUGUUGGGGGAGGGGGCGGGGCCUGUCCUGCCCCGGGCGCUGCCGCUCCUGCAGGGGGCGCUGUGUCCCCCCCAGCCCCCCCCCCCGCCGAGGCUCCUGAUUGGCUGCUCCAUCUCCACGACGACGCCGAGGGGGCGGAGCCCAUGGACGAUGACGUCACCGCCUGGGAGGAGCCAUUGCCGGCGGAAGUGGGCGGAGCCUUCCCCGGAUUGGCCGAGGCGGCGCUGGGGACGCUGGGGGAGCUGGCGGAGAACUGCGGCUCCGCCUUCCUGCCUUACCUGGAGCCCAGCCUGGCGGCCAUCUUGGAUCUGACCCAGUUCCCCCAGUCUGAGGUCAGAGCCGCCGCCUUCGAGGCCCUGGGGAGCCUCUGCUGCUGCGGGAGGGGCCGGGAGCCGCAGACUGGCCCCACCCCCGCCCAGCACGGGGCUCUCCGGGCUCUCCUGCAGGGGCUGAGGGCGGAGCCGGAAGUGGGCGGGGCCUUGGGGGCGGUGGGCGGGGUCGGGCGGAUCCUGCAGCCCCCAGGCCACGCCCCCAAGGAAUGGCUGGAGCCCAUUGGCCAAGCCCUGUGUGACGUCAUCGCUGGGGAGAUCACCUGCCUGAGGCGCCGGGGGGACGACGAUGACGAGGAUGAGACCUCCCAGCGCGCCGAGCUCCGCGAAGCCGCCUCCGAUUGGCUGCCGGAACUGGGCGCGGCCAUGGCCCGAAGCCAAACAGGAAAUGACGUCAUCAACCCCGGAAGGGGCGUGGCUUUCCCGCCCCACCUCUUCCGCCGCAUCCUCCCCUCCCUAUUGGCCGCUUUGGCUGACCCCGCCCACCCGGGGGCGCGGUCGUGGGCGGGGGCCGUGAUUGGUCAGCUGGGCCACGCCCUGGGCGAGGAGGCCACGCCCUUUUUACCGGAUUUGGUUCCCGCGUUCCGAUUGGCCGUCGGCGACGCCGAGCCCGAGGUCAGGUCCAACGCCUUCUACGCCAUUGGACGGAUCGGGGAGGCGCUGGGACACGCCUACCACGAGGGGGCGUGGCCGGGGGCGGAGCUUUGCUGCCGCGCCCUGGGGGAGGGGGGGGAGGGGCCGGGCCGGGUGCGGGACAACGUACUGGGAGCACUGGUGAGACAGCGGGGGGCGCCACUGGGACAGGUGCUGCCGCUGGUGCUGGGGGCGCUGCCCCUGCAGGAGGAUUUUGAAGAGGAGGAGCCGGUGCUGAGGUUCCUGCUGGGGGCGGGGCCUGAGCGGCUCCUCCCCCACCUCCCUGAGCUCGUCCGCGGCGUCGGCCCCGCCCUGGCCCAGAACCGGCUGGAUCCGGCUCUCAGCCAAUCCCUGCUCGAGUUGCUCCGGGAAAUGGGCGUGGCCGACCCUCAGCGCUUCCGGGUGGGCGUGGCCUCGUUGGACCCCGCCCACGCCGCCAUCUUGGUGCGACUUUUGGAUGACGUCAUCGGCGGCCAAUAAAAACGCUGGGAGGGGAAAGGGGGCGUGGUUUAUUCCGGAAGUGGGCGGGGCUUGGGGAAUUCCAAUGG